GAGGUCGCUUGUUAACAAUUUUUUAUUCAUCAGUUUUUCGCCUAACCAAAUUAAACUGCAUCGCACACCAUUGGGAUAAUUAUUGCUUUAUCGUUUUCGUACUCAAAAAAACCCAAAAAUUCACCAUGGCUCGAGUGUUGUCACAACUAAGAAAAUUCAACAAUGUGUGUAAAACGGCUGUGCGAUCCAGUUCUGGUGAACACCAUCCGUCUUACAGGCCUGUGACCAUGGACGAUAUGCCGGUUCCUAAGGGUUCCUGGCAAGAACAUUAUAGCAAAGCCAACACAAAAUAUAACGCAGUUCUCGUUGCGGGCUUCUUCUCGAUCGUUGGUGCAAUUUACACCUUGAAAGAAAACGUUUUCUUCAAUGCUUUCCCACCUCCAUUACCUGAAGAUGAAUAGAAACCUACUUAUAAGUACCAAUUCAGAUAUUUUUUUUGCUUUGUAGUAACCGACAUGAUUAUGAAGCCAGAUGUAAUGAUUAUGUUCUUGAUUUCUUUGAAAAUAAACGAUAAAUUAGAAAUUGUAAAAA